AGCCCCUCGUUCCGCAUCUCCGGACCAGGGUCCGGGGGCGUGGUCUGCUGGGGGCGGGCCCGGGUUGUGGUUUGAGAGCCGGCCUGUCUGGGCCUCCGCCUCCGGGUCGCCCUCCAGCCUUCCUGCCGCCGCUUUUCCAGUCUUGCCCAACCCGGUAUUUCUGCGCUUGCCUCAGCCACCCGCAGGAGCGCAGGCCGCCCUUCGUCCUCCCGUCCUCUGCGCCCACAGGACCCCGGGCCCCGCCCAGUCCGCAGGUCCAGCAGGUCCCCCCGGGCAUGUCUUCCUGGCCCUGCGACCCCCGGGACAGCGCUGGGAGCACGCGGAAGCUCCUCCCUGGCCUCCUGUUUCUGACCUGGCUGCACACAUGCCUGGCCCACCAUGACCCCUCCCUCGGGGGGCACGCCCACAGUCACGGUACCCCACACUGCUACUCGGCUGAGGAACUGCCCCUCGGCCAGGCCCCCCCACACCUGCUGGCUCGAGGUGCCAAGUGGGGGCAGGCUUUGCCUGUAGCCCUGGUGUCCAGCCUGGAGGCAGCAAGCCACAGGGGGAGGCACAAGAGGCCCUCAGCUACGACCCAGUGCCCGGUGCUGCGGUCGGAGGAGGUGUUGGAGGCAGACACCCACCAGCGCUCCAUCUCACCCUGGAGAUACCGUGUGGACACAGAUGAGGACCGCUAUCCGCAGAAGCUGGCCUUCGCCGAGUGCCUGUGUAGAGGCUGUAUCGACGCGCGGACAGGCCGCGAGACAGCUGCGCUCAACUCGGUGCGGCUGCUCCAGAGCCUGCUGGUGCUGCGCCGCCGGCCCUGCUCCCGCGACGGCUCGGGGCUCCCCACACCUGGGGCCUUUGCCUUCCACACCGAGUUCAUCCACGUCCCCGUCGGCUGCACCUGCGUGCUGCCCCGUUCAGUGUGACCGCCGAGGCCGUGGGGCCCCUAGACUGGACACAUGUGCUCCCCAGAGGGCACCCCCUAUUUAUGUGUAUUUAUUGUUAUUUAUAUGCCUCCCCCAACACUACCCUUGGGGUCUGGGCAUUCCCCGUGUCUGGAGGACAGCCCCCCACUGUUCUCCCCAUCUCCAGCCUCAGUAGUUGGGGGUAGAAGGAGCUCAGCACCUCUUCCAGCCCUUACAGCCGCAGAAAAGGUGUCACACAGCUGCCUGUACCUUGGCUCCCUGUCCUGCUCCCGGCUUCCCUUACCCUAUCACUGGCCUCAGGCCCCCCCCAGGCUGCCUCUUCCCAACCUCCUUGGAAGUACCCCUGUUUCUUAAACAAUUAUUUAAGUGUACGUGUAUUAUUAAACUGAUGAACACA